AUGCCCUCUCCGGGCCAUUCGCGAUCGCAGUCGGAACGAGUUCCAACCGGAAGCACUAGCUACGGACAGGUCAUCGAAUACAUUCAAGAUCGGCUCUAUCUCGCCUCCUAUACCCAUCCUCCAAAUGCGCAUACCCCGUUCCCCUACCCCGUGAAAGAGAGCCGCUCGCCAUCGAAGCGCUCAACGAAGGCACAGGGAGGCCCGACCGCCGCAGCCAGCCCGUCAAAGGCCAGCCCUCCUGUAUACUUCUCUAUAGAUCGCACGCUCCUAUACAAUGCUUUCUAUCAUGACUUCGGUCCGCUACACAUUGGCCAUCUCUAUCGUUUCGCGGUACAGUUACAUGAGGUGCUUGGUGACCCUGCGAAUGAGGAGAGAAGCGUUGUCUUCUGGUGCCACGCUGACUCAAGGAGUCGUGCAAAUGCUGCCUGUAUCCUUGCAUGUUACAUGGUUAUGAUUCAAGCCUGGCCACCACAUCUAGCACUUGCGCCCAUUGCGCAGAUGGAACCACCCUGCAUGCCUUUCAGGGAUGCAGGUUAUAGUCAAGCUGACUUCACUCUAAACAUACAGGACAUCGUGUACGGUGUCUGGAAGGCAAAAGAGGAGGGACUGGUCGGUCUGAAAGAUUUUAGCCUUGAAGAAUAUGAGAAGUAUGAACGCGUCGACAUGGGCGACUUCAACUGGUUAACUCCCAACUUCCUCGCAUUUGCAUCGCCACAACAUCAACCCAUUGCACCGAUCCCUACCACCUCGCCAUUGUUUGCUGCUCUCCCUUCCAGUAUCGCAGAGGUCCAGAAAUCGAAAUUACCAACUCCAUUCAAGAACGUCUUAUCUCAUUUCUCGGCGCGCAACAUCGGCCUUGUAGUUCGUCUAAACUCUGAACUCUACUGUCCAUCGUACUUCACUGCACUUGGGAUUCAGCACCUCGAUAUGAUAUUUGAUGACGGGACCUGUCCUCCCUUGGGCUUGGUCAGGAAAUUUGUGAACAUGGCUCACGAGAUGAUUGCGAACAAUAAAGGCAUCGCUGUGCAUUGCAAAGCCGGUCUCGGCCGCACGGGUUGUCUAAUCGGCGCGUACCUCAUAUACAGACACGGUUUCACAGCAAACGAAGUGAUUGCGUUCAUGAGAUUCAUGCGUCCAGGGAUGGUGGUCGGCCCCCAGCAACACUGGCUCCACCUUAAGCAGGGAGUGUUCCGAGAGUGGUGGUUCGAAGACUCGAUGAAGGAAAAGCUUCGAGCUAUGGCUCCUUCGACUCCUACGAAACAUAAGCAACGCCUUGCUAGCAAUGGUCAGACAUUCACACCUCCGAACGGAGGAUCAAAGCGGUCCGCACUAGGCGAGAUAACGUCAAACGAUCAAUCAUCUGGCGGCGCCAUAGAUGUAGCCGAGGACAAUUUACCUGCGCCAACGCCUGGCCAGCCACGAAAGACCAGCAAGGUGUACGGACCGAGCUCAAGGCACAACUCACCAAUGCGUCGUUCAGAAAAUGAGCCAUUUGUUCACCCUGAUACCGAAGUAGUUACCAUGUCACGUCACACUCAGGGUGAUUCAGAAUCAGAGGAAGAAUUCCAGCUCCGCAUGAUGCGGAGGAAUACUUCGCGAUCGCCAAUGCAGUCGUCAUCGAAAAGACGCGCUAUUAGCUGCACUACCACCAUGACUACAUCUACGACAUAUAUGACUGGUGGUGAAAGCGACGUCGAAAAUCAAGGUGUCAAUGCCAGACCUAAGACACCAGGUAGCACGAAGAGUGGCAGUGGAGCAAGCGCGAUAACGGUAGGCAAGCAACGAAGCCCCAUCCGGCGAAGUACCACCGACACUAAGAAUGGAGUACGAAAGACCAGCGGGAGGGUUGGAAGCGUUGGAACACUGGCCAGCUCCAAAUCGCGGUGA